AUGAUACUAUGUGUUCUUGGUUUUUUAUUUUUACGUGGAAUUGGAAACCCACCCCACCUUAACAGAUGCUGCGUCGUCCAGGUAUUUAUGUUCGAGAAGUCCAUCUCGAAAAUGAAGCUGAGUGAUCUGAUGGGAGCCACCAAUGACUUCAGUGACGAGACAAUCAUCGUCUCCAGCGGAACGGGGACAGUGUACAGGGCAACCCUUCCCGACGGUUCCCGCCUAGCUGUGAAGAGGCUUCGGGAUUCUCAACAUUCGGAGAAGCAGUUUCAGUCGGAAAUGGCAACACUUGGCAGCAUGAGGCACAAUAACCUUGUUCCCCUCCUCGGCUUUUGCAUUGCCAAGAGAGAGAGACUGGUGGUGUACAAACACAUGGCGAACGGGACUCUAUACAAUCGGUUGCAUGAUGAUGAUCCUGAGGGACAAGGUAUGGAGUGGCCGCACCGUCUGAGGAUCGGCAUCGGGGCAGCUAGAGGCCUAGCAUGGCUUCAUCACAAUUGCAAUCCCCGGGUACUUCACCGCAACAUAAGCUCAAAGUGCAUUCUAUUGGACGAGGAUUAUGAACCCAAGAUAUCUGAUUUUGGUCUCGCGAGGCUGAUGAAUCCAGUCGACACACAUCUCAGUACUUUUGUCAACGCUGGAUUCGGCGAACUGGGUUACAUCGCCCCCGAGUAUGUACGGACACUGAGGGCCACUCCGAAGGGCGACGUCUUCAGCUUUGGGGUGGUCCUCAUCGAGCUGGUCACCAGUGAGAGACCAACUCAUGUGGCCAGUGCUCCAGGAGGCUUCAAUGGGACCUUGGUGGAAUGGAUUAGCCAUCUUUCAUGCAAUUCCCUUCUGCAGGACGCGAUUGACAAGUCUUUGGUGGGAAAGGGCUGCGACGAGGAGCUUUUCCAAUUCCUGAAGAUCGCAUGCUCGUGUGUUCUGCCUGAUCCUAAAGAGAGGCCCACCAUGUUUGAAGUGUUCCAGUUUCUGAGAGUUAUUGGGGAGAGAUAUCAUUUUACAGCAGAAGAUGACUUAGGUUUGCUCCAAGGGAGCGACGCCAAUUAUCCAGAUGAACUGAUCGUAGCCCAAUAA